AUGGGAGCCCGCCCUCCGGCUGUCCCCGAUUCGGGCUCCGGAUCUGGCUCUACAAGCGCCGGUCUAAACCGGACGGGAGCCGUUCGAGGUGAAAAGUCCUUGCGCGAAAGACGGAACGAGAGUCGGACGCGACAAAAAGCAGAGGAUGGGAUCCAGCCUUUAUCUGACAUUAUAGUUCCUAAUGGGUCAGGUUUAUCCCGCAGAUUUUCAGUUCAUAAAGGGACGCCUCGAAGCGGUGGUAAAACAAUAGCCGACGUGCCAAGAUCUGGGGAUGACGCCAACAUGGAUUCUAGAAAUUCGACGCCUCGUCCUUCUGCCGGACUACAUCCAGAGACACCUACGCCGCCCUUUUCCCCACGUCCGCAAAAGGCUUAUCCCAUCGCAGAGCCGGGCCAUCCCAUCGCCCCGAAAGCUCUUCCUACACCACCACCACAGAGUCGAUCAGCUUCCAACUCCUCUCAAGCACGACCCGAUAUACGUAGCUUGAUGAAUGGUAUUUCGUCGGCCGAUUCUACUUAUCCCACUACUAAACAAGCCGUAGUUGGUCAGACAGCAGAGCAAUUCUGCAGGAGCAGCAUAGAGCGUUUCCAAGCUUUCGCCAACCAUGAAGCAGUUGCAGAGUCGGAUGCUGAGCGGGUAAAGCUAUUUGCUGAUUUCAUAGUCAACGAGUCUAGAUUACGUCGCGAAAGAUAUGCAUCGGCGAUCGGAGCGAUGGGUUCUGAGAUCUUCGAUCUCACGCGGGAUUUAUUCCGGCCUAUGAAAGUGCGGCGCGACUCAACGAAUUCACAAUCUGGAGAAUGGACACCGCAGAUGUCGGAACCAAGAUCGCAACGGAACUCAAUGACUUCUGUUUUCCGUGAACAAAUACAAUCCAACUCUGCGCCGCCUUCUGCCAAUAUCCCAACCUCAAGUUCGCCUAUUAAUGGACCUACGAAUGGGAAUUGGGCUUCGCAGUACAUGCCAUCAUUAUCACCGAUUCUUAGUAUGAGCGUCAGUGAACAUUUAGAUGGGUCAAGCUCACGGGGCCGGCCAGCAAGUCGUUGGUGGGAAACAGAGUCGGGCGGCGGAGAAUCGAACCGAAUGGAAAGAACAAAACGCGAGUCUAAGUAUAUGGGUGUGCCAAAAGAGGCACGGGAAGCCCUACAAUGGGAGGAUGAGCCAGGUACUGCAGAUAGCCAUGCAGGGUCGAGCAAGCAUUACUCGGAGAACGAAUACCCCCCUGAAAAGGUUGGGUGGCACGAGUCGAAGGAGUUGAGUACGCCUCAGCCAUUACGAAAUUCUCUCUUAUCCAUAGGUUCAUCGGCACCGAAUACUCCUAGCCCUUCUCAUGUAGAUGUAUCACGACUAGUAACGCUACCACCACCUUAUCCACGACAUCACCCCGCAGUAAAUAAUAACCACCCAGAACUAGCAUCUACUCGUACAAGGGUGAGGUCGCUAAGCGAUAUGCAAGAAGUCCAGGCGACGAAGGAACGAUUUAUACUCGAUAGCCAGAGGGUGCGCGAAGAAGCUGUCCAGGGAGCUUCUUCAAGAUUAAAAUCACUACGUGCAAAUCUUCACCAGGAGAUCAGCGCUGGCAACAUGUCAUACGCCGAAGCAGCCGCCAUCGAGGCUGACACGCAAGCAUCUGAAAACGCAAAGGCAAAGGAGAUGGAAAAGCAGGAGUUCGAUCGAUUUCAGAAUGCAGUUGUCAUGCCACUUAAUGAGCUACUCACAGGCCGCAUCGCACAGGCUACGUCACUAUUUGACGAACUACGUUCGCGUCUUUUCGUCGAGACCCAAGCGCCCAAUCCUAACAUGCCACAAGAGGAAGGCGACGAGCAACCAGAACUCCUCGAGAAAUUAACCCUGCUCAAAUGGAUCUUCGAAGCCCGCGAGAUGCUACACCGCGAAAUAUACGACUUGCUGAGCGAUCGCAAUAAUCGGUACAAAGAGAUGGUGAUCACCCCGUACCGACUCUCCGGCAACGAGGAAAAGCUACGGACAGCGGAAGCCUUCUUCGUGGACGACGCAUGUAAGCGACAGCGAGCAUUUGCGGGCGAAGUUCUACAGCGAACAUGCGAGUUUCGGGACGUGGUAGAGGAGAAUGUGACACGAGGUGUCGAUAUGCAGCUUAACGCGUUUUGGGACUUAGCACCGCCCCUUCGACGACUACUCGAUAAAAUCCCAGCAUCGGUUGACGGACACUUCCGCAUCCAGAUCCCGCCUGCUGAGUAUGAUGAGAACCCUAGCUACCACAGCCACCCGCUACAGUACCUGUUUAGCCUGCUGCUACACGCCGAAAAGAGCACGUACCAGUUCAUUGAGUCGCAGACGAAUCUAUUGUGUCUACUACACGAAGUCAAAGAGGCAGUAAUGAGUGCGCGUGCGAGAGUAGGCGAGGCGGAAGGUCACGACCCGCGUGCCAUUGAGGAGGAGCGUGCGGCAGAACAGACGAGGCUCACGGACGAUCUCAAGGAGAAAGUGCGCCUUGUGCAAGACCAAUGGGAGAGCGCCCUUGGCGAGGCCAUGAAAGGCGUCAAGGAGCGCGUGGGCGAGUGGCUCCUGUCGACAGGAGGUUGGGACGAGAGUCUCGAGGACGGCGGAGUCGGCGGCGUAUAA